UUGACCCCAGUGGGUUUAGUUCUUUCCCAUGACUAUAAAAUAAUAAAGGGGCAUUUAGAUAUACACAGCAAAUCCAAUUUGAUUGGGGCAAGAGACUAUCUGAAAUAACUUAAAAUAAAGUUCAGGACAAUGAAAAAAAAAUCCAAGAGGUGAGUAGAAUUUGGUACAAUACACUGCAGAUAUACUUACAAAUAAAUGCACUUGCACAGUGAAGACUUGAUAUACCAGGCUGAUGCAGAAGAAAGGGUGUCUGGUUAAUCCAAAACAUGAGAUUGUUUUGCCUGACUGUACCAAUGAACAAUUCUGGAAACAAUGGACUUUGUCUGUGGUCUCCAAAAACAAUUUACCCAGCAGAUCUUAAGAACAACAGACAGUUCUUGAAACAAUGGAUUUUCUGAUAAAUCUAAAAUGUGUUGAAUUGAGGUUUUAUUUUCAUUUUCCAAGUACAGUAUGUAUUAUUGUACAAAAUGUGCAUCUUAGGAAAUGUAUAAUCAGAGCAAAAGUUCUGUACUUUCAAAAUUAGCUGCUGAUCAGGUUCAUGUUGAUGCAGGAUGUUGUCUGCACUUGGUACAAGAAUCGCAUUAUCUAGUUUAACAUUUCUCUCAUGCACAUGUAAAAGGUAGGUAAGUCUUGCAAAUUCUUACUUUCAUGCACUAUACACUUAGCUUUGCUAUCCUGUGUGUUUAAACCAUUUUUUUCCUGUAAUAUUUACUUUCCAGUCUUUGGAGGCCUGACCAAAGACUGGGUCAUGGGGUGAGGUAAUCCCAAAACCAUAAAUAGAUAAAAGAUAAACGUGUGUUCCCACUAUUCUCAUACAAAUUAAAAAAAUUUAGGCACUAUUUAUUUAUGUCUUCAUAAAUCGUAUUUAUACUUAGGCCUCACAAUUCAGUAGUGACUUUCUUUGGAAAUUUUUUUUAUCCUCUGAGUAGUAAUGCUCUUUCAUACUGCCAUUAUUUUUUCUCCUCUCACUUCUUUUUUUGCCUCCUUGUUUUACCCUCAUUCCUCCUCUGCUUAUCUAAUAUAUUAAUUUUUUUCCAUGUUUCCUAUGCCUGUAUCUGUGAGACUAUUUUAUUAUCAUUUACUUUAUAAUUUCUGGACACAUUCUUUGCUCUAAAUUAUAUACAAAAUUUUACCUUAACUUCUACUGUUCUCCCAUAUUUCACUUCCUAUUUGAAAUUUAAAAACUGGUUGACCAACAAUUUACUUGCCUCAUCAAAAUAUUUAUCUUUGACACAUGUUGUAACCAAAAUCCUGUCUAACUCAAUUUGAGAUACAAUUUCUUAAUUUUUCUUUUAUACACUAUUCAAUAUGUUAAUACUUCACCCAGUUCCUUCAUCAUUGCAUGUAGCUACAUUUUCACUCUGUCUUAUCUGCAUAAAGCUAUAUCUCCAACUUAAUAAAUAUUUUAUUCCAGUCAAACUGUGGUGAUGCAGAACAUGUAUGUGAGUCAACAGAACUCGGCCAAAUCUGCAGAUGGUUCUCACCUGGCCAAUAUGAGUGACCAUGAGAUUCAAGAGCAGUUCGAGUAUUUCUUUGAAGAUGUGUUUUUUGAAUGUGAAGAAAAAUAUGGUGAAAUAGAAGAAAUGUGCGUCUGCGAUAACCAAUGUGACCACCUGCGAGGGAAUGUUUAUAUCAAGUUUAGACGAGAAGAGGAUGCUGUAAAGGCUGCAGAAGAUUUGAACAACCGUUGGUACAUGUUCCGUCCAAUCUACUGUGACCUCUGCCCUGUUGCUGACUUUCGUGAAGCGUCUUGUAGGCAGUUUGAGAUGGGCCAAUGUGGCAAAGGUGGCUUCUGUAAUUUUUGGCAUGUUAAGCCAAUUUCACAUCAUUUCAAAAAUGUACUUGCCCGUUCAUCUCGUUCUCGUUACAAACAUCGUUCUCGUUCACGAUCUAGGUCACGUGAUAAGCAUUCUGAGAAACAUGCAGACAGCAAGCAUAGGCGAAGGUCUCGCUCACGUUCUCGUGAUCGUGAUCGUCGAGAUCGUAGAGGACGCUACUGAGAAAGAUAGCAAGAUUGCUUUAGUUUUUCAGUUGUCUUUUACAUGUUUUAAUUAAGAGUUUAAAAAUAUAAAAUAAAUGCAUAAAUUAAUUUAAUAAUACAAGAUUUAGAACUUAGAAUUAACAAAGUCUUAACUGGAGAAACUGAACUUAAUUUUUAAUUUUAAAUCCCAAAUAUGUAAUCUUACUGUAUGCUAAUGGCCAUUUAUAUUUACAUAUUGAUGCAAACAUUAUUUUCAUAAUUUUAUAAAUGCCCAAAUUGCAGGAAGUUUGGCUAUCAAUAAAAAAAGACAGGCUUGGGAGUAAUUUUGCUCUAGUAAAUGUCAAAACUUCACAUUUUGUGCAGGACAAGGAGGCAAUUUAUGCAGUCAUUAUUUUCUUUGAUGUGCAUUUUUUAACAAAUGUUAUUUCUUGUUUAGUAUACCUGAUACAAAUGUACACUCGCUCACUGCUCUAGAGUGGACCAUUUAAAUGCUGAACUGUAGGUUAAGUGAAUGUGACAUGGUUAGUCAACCUCUUACAACAAUUGGUCUUAACUCGUUUAUUUUCAGAAUAGGUUUUGUGACUUUUUCAUCUGCUGUGUAUGCGACGAACAGGAUAUAGGCUGAUAGAAUUAAACUUUACGCAAAUUACCUUUGAAUUGACAUAUUUUCCAGAUGCUGAAUGCAGAAUUAUUAUAUUAAUACAGUACUGAAUGACCUCCAUGGGUUUAGUGCUUUAUUAACAUAAUAUUAAAUUCAGUAGUUGACAACUAACCAUGUCACAUAUUGUCAUAGCAAGGGCCAUGCAGAGUGAUAGUAUGUAACUUGGGAAAUGUUUAAAAAAAAAAAUUUCCAUAAAAUAUUACUUAGGAUUGUGCCUGUAACAUUUCAUAUAAAGUAUCAGUGAAUACAGGUCUCAUCUAUUA